AAAGAGCACAGAGCCUAUGGUCAUCACUGACUUACCUGAAGAACACUUCACAUUUACUGACAGCUGCCUCUCUCUAUCUGUGAGCAUCCUUCCCUCCAGACGUUCCUUAGCUUUCAUCAUGAAGACUCUACUGAUCCUCUCUAUUAUCCUCUGUGCUGCUCUGUCCGUAAGGGCUGCAACAGAGGUGGAUGUUGACACUACUGUUUCUGACCAAGCAGCUGCUCUACCUCAAGCUCGUUUCCAGUUUUGCCUUGAUGGUUGGCUCCAUUUCCGUGGUAAAUGCUACUACUUACACAACAACCCUGACACCUGGACAAAUGCUGAGAGGUACUGUGGUAACUACGGUGGCAGCCUGGCCUCAGUCCACAACAUAUGGGAGUAUAAUUUCCUCCAGGGUACGGUCAAGAACGGCGGGCACACUUUUGCCUGGAUCGGAGGUUACUUCUUCCAGGAUGACUGGAGAUGGGAAGACGGCUCAUUGUUUGACUAUCACAACUGGGAAACAGCGGCCUCCAGUGACCAUUACCAGUGCCUACAGCUCAACUCUCAAGGGUCAAAAGGCUGGUCCAAUCAUGGCUGCAGCAUGCCCUUCCCAUUCGUCUGUCAGGUGAAGCCAGAUUGCUAGUCAUGAUUCUACAGAUAAUUCUGAAGCUGCUGUUUGUUCAUAAGAAGACUACAUGUUGCCGUCAUACUUACACAUGUUGGACCAAAAUCAUGCAUAUGUAGCACAAAUCUCAGCACAACUAAAUUCAAAUAUGAAGUA